AUGAGCGUUCUAUGCUUCCGUGAGCGCAAAGUCAGCAGUAAAGUCCGUUUCACGAUAAAUGAACUAUUUUCCAGGAACAACUUUAUUAUUAGUUCUCUAUGCAACUCAAUAAGGAAAAAUAUUGUCGUUGCCCUCCAGAUUCCAUUGUUUAGGGAUGGAGUGGUCUUCAUAGGAUUGUGUGUAACGUGUGCUGGUAUACUGUUGAUGGUCAUCAAGCUGUGCUACAACUACACUCGAAACUUCCCUGUACGGAAAGACAGCGAACUCUCUACGGUGUUGACUACAAAUGCUUUUACGCCUAAACAUUCUCAUGAUGCUGUAAGGCAUUCUGUUGCUUGA